GCGCGGCCCAUUCCCAGCUCUAGUCGCACAAUACAAUCCACCAUUACUAGAAUUUACGAGAACUCUCAACAAAAACAAACAGAAAUGUGGAAAGAAAAGCCUACCGGAAUUAAGAUCCUCUGGGUAUGGACCAUCGGAACUGCUGCCGUUCUUCUGACUUGCGUUUCCAGAACCAGGAUGCGGGACAUGGAAACUCUCUUGAACCAGCCGCCGCAACAACAACAACAACAACACCAACAGCAGCAGCAGAAAGGAAUCUCUUCCGUUGAUCAUGUUAUGGUAGAUGAUAGUUCAUCACCCUCUGUUGACAACAUCAUUAGAGAUGAUUAAUCAUAGGAGCAAUAGUAUACCCUCCUCUCCUCUUUGCUUUUUUCGCAAUUUUGAAAUUUGGGUUAGCUUUGUGUUUAAUUGGAUUUUAAUUACUGUGAAUUCUGGGGGAAGCUGGGAAGUUCGUUUAGAUUUUGUUGGGUUGUUGUUGUUGAAGGAGAAAUUUUGGUGUGUUGUUGUUGAAGGAGAAAUUUUGGUGUGUUGUUUGUUUUUGGUAAUGCACGCCAAGUGUUUGAUAAAUUGUCUGAAUGGAAAAAUGACAUGAAUUAUGUUUGGGGAGUAAAAAUGUGUUCCGUCUAUUCUGCUCAUUUA